AUGGCCGGCUCUAGUUUAUGUUCUCUUAUGGCGGUGGCACUGCUGGCUUGUGCGUCUGUGGUAAGCGCUACCGUACAUACCUUUAACUUUACCACUGGGUGGGUCGAUGCCAAUCCUGACGGAGUUCGUGAGAAGAAGAUGAUUGGUUUUAAUGGCCAGUGGCCAGUGCCUGACAUUCAUGUAAAGAAGGGCGACCGUGUGCAGCUUUACCUGACAAACGGAUUCGACGACGGGACUGUGACGUCGUUGCAUUUCCAUGGGAUGUUCCAGAAGCUGAGUGACGGCAAUCGAAACGAGAUUGACGGACCUUCGAUGGUUACUCAGUGUCCAAUAGUUCCCGGACAGACUUACCUGUACAAUUUUACGGUGGCCGACCAGGUCGGUACAUACUGGUACCACGCUCAUUCCGGCUCUCAGUUUGGUGAUGGUAUGAGAGGUGCUUUCAUUAUUCACGAUGAUGACGAGCCAUUCCAUUAUGACGAGGAGAUGGUUAUCCAGCUUUCUGAUCUCUAUUGGAAGCCAUAUUACGAGGUUACUCAAGAAUUUAUGUCCAGAUACAAUCCCACUGGGGCUGAACCGAUCCCCCAAAACCUGCUCUUCAAUAACACAUUGAAUGCCACGUUGGAUUUUGAACCCGGUAAGACGUACCUGAUGCGCUUCAUCAACUCCGGGUUGUUUGUAUCGCAAUAUGUGGCACUUGAGGAGCACGAACUGACCAUUGUGGAAGUUGAUGGUGUGUACGUCAAGCCUAAUGUCACUGAUCUGCUUUACAUUGCCACGGGGCAGAGGAUGAGCGUCUUGGUCAAGGCGAAAGAACAUGACCCCGGCAGAAACUUCGCCCUCAUGCAAAUGAUGGAUGAGGUCAUGCUAGAUGUUGUGCCACCAGAACUGGUCCGCAACAGGACGCAUCAAAUCUCUUACAACAGAAACUAUGAGGCUGCAGAGAGUUUUAUAAUCGAUGAUUUUGACAGCGCAGCUGAGGAAUUCUAUUUGGCCCCACUAGAUGAUAUCAAGCUAUUGGAUCACUACGACACGCAGAUCACUUUCAAUCUGAGCUUGAACAACCUGGGGGAUGGUGUCAAUUAUGCCAUGUUCAACGGCAUCACUUACGUUCAUCCUAAGGUCCCAACUUUGACUACGGUUUUGACCUCAGGCGAGCUCGCGACCGACGCCCGUAUCUACGGCGACAAUGUCAACGCCAUUGUGCUUCAAAAAGAUGAAAUAGUAGAAGUGGUUGUUAACAACUACGACUCAGGAAAGCAUCCUUUUCAUCUGCAUGGCCAUAAUUUCCAGCUAAUUCAGAAAUCUCCAGAGUAUCGCCCAGAAGCCGAUUAUCCUGAGUAUGACCAGGACAAGAUUACAGUACCAUACAACGAGUCGGCUCCCUUGAUGCCAUUCCCAGAGUAUCCAGUCUUGAGGGACACGGUUGUGCUCGCCCCCAGCGGUCACAUCGUCAUCAGAUUCAAAGCGGAUAAUCCAGGGGUGUGGUUCUUCCAUUGUCAUCUCGAUUGGCACUUGACGCAAGGUCUCGGUGCAGUGUUCAUCGAAGAUCCAUUAUCGCUACAAGAAUCGGAAACGCUGAGCGAUAACUACAAACAAUUGUGCUCGGCUGCUGAGAUACCAAAUCGUGGUAAUGCAGCAGGUCAUACGGACGACUGGUACAAUAUGGAGGGUCUACCGAGACAGCCGAGACCGUUGCCUUCCGGUUUCACCGCCAAGGGUUAUUUCGCAUUUAUUGUCUCAACGCUUGUGGGUUUACUAGGUAUCUACACGAUAUCAGACUACGGACUGUCGGAGACCAUUUCAGACGACCAGGCGGUAUAUGACACUCUGAAAGGAGUGCUCGAUGCCAAUGGCAUAUCCUAUUGA